AUGGAUGUGGUUUCACCUGAGCUCAACAGCCUCCUCCCUGAUGAGAUUAUGGAUACAGAAGCCAUCGCGAUGGAAGAGGAGCUCUCCGCCGAUCACCUCGCCGCUCCUCCCAAAUCUGAACCUGAGCCGCCGCAGGUCCCUAUGGAGACAGAGGUGCCUGAAAUCGUCAGCUUGUGUCCAGCCACCACGUCUAUGCAGAUGACCUCCACCUCCAGCGGCGCUCAGUGCAGCACCAGCUCAGGAACUCAGCUCCUCCUCACCCCCUCUGGCCUUAUAUCUGGCACCACCACCUCUGUCAAAACCACCAGUCCUGCGGUGACUCAGAACCUCCCCAAAAUCUCCAGCGUUACUGUCCCGGCCAACCACCAGCUCAUUAUCAACAAGGUGUCUGCCGGCUCCGCUGCAGAUGGCAAGUCUCCAGGCACUGCUGUGCUCAAGCCAGAGGGCCAAAAACUCUUGGUGGCCGGCCUCAGUAAAACAGGGCAGCCCAUUAUGUUGGCUCUGCCCCACACUUGGAGCAAGCCCGCCACUACCCAGGGCACAGGGGACGCCAAGGGCCAGCCCACGCAGAUCAAGAUGUUGACGACCGUAGGGAAGCCUGUGAUAGCGGUGAGCUCAGCCAGUCAGCUGAUUGGCAGCUCCAGCACACUGCAGGCCCAGCAGCUCAAAACACUUCAGAUCACAAAGAAGCCCCCAGUUUCUACAGCUGGACCGAUGAUUACAAAGCUCAUCAUCACAAAGGCCCUGAACAAUAAAGGACUGUCCAGCUCAGCUUCUGUGGCUCCUGUAGUGACUGGGCGAGUUGUUACCCAGAGUACUCCGGUGACACCUCCACGCACUGUCACUAUUGGUGAGACCGUCAGCACUGUGCCACAGAAUGUGUCUGGUAACAGCAAAGUCGCCAUCUCACCUCUCAAGUCUCCCAGCAAGCUGACUGUGGUUUCAGUGGCCAGUCAGUCUCCAAACUCCCCUCAGAAGUCUGUGACGCUGCCGCUCAACGUGGCUCUGGGCCAGCAGAUCCUCACAGUUCAGCAGUCUGCUGCCACCUCUCCAGCUAAAGCAGGAACCAGCCAGUCCACUGCACAGACUGUAAAGUCAGUGCAGACGGUGGGAGGAGUGGGAACAUCCCAGUUUAAGACCAUCAUCCCCUUCUCCACGCCUCCCAAUGUGCAGCAGAUCCAGGUGCCGGGCAGCCGCUUCCAUUAUGUGCGUCUGGUAACGGCCACCACCGGCAGCAGCACCGCACAGUCAAGCGGCAGCACCAACACCAACCCUUCAAUCCAACCAGCCAAGCCUGUGAUGAUGAACGCUGCAGUACGGAUGUCUGUACCCAUCGUCUCCGCACAGAGCAUCAAACAGGUAGUACCCAAACCCUUGGCGUCAGCAGCCCAGGUGGUGACCACCAGUCAGACGCCCCAGCGUCUCAUCAUGCCAGCCACACAUCUGCCACAGAUCCAGCCCAAUCUCACCAACCUGCCGCCGGGAACUGUGCUCACCCCUGCCCACGGCUCUGGAAACAUGAGCUACGCUGUGUUACCUGCCCCGUACGUCACGCAGAUCUCUCAGUCUGCGUUUGUGACUUUGACCAGCAGCUCCACCUUCUCAACAGCCACCCCCAUACAGACCCAAGCCAGGCUUUCACUUAACGGUUUAUCAACGUCUGAAGCAGCUUCGAGGCCGAGAAAACCCUGCAACUGCACACGGUCACAGUGUCUGAAAUUGUAUUGCGAUUGCUUUGCCAACGGGGAGUUUUGUAAUAACUGCAACUGUGUUAAUUGCUUCAACAAUCUUGAUCAUGAGAGUGAAAGACUGAAGGCCAUCAAGUCAUGUUUAGACCGAAACCCUGUGGCUUUUAAGCCCAAGAUCGGCAAAGGCAAACAAGGGGAGUCAGACAGGAGACACAGCAAAGGCUGCAACUGUAAGAAAUCUGGCUGUCUGAAAAACUACUGCGAGUGUUAUGAGGCAAAGAUCAUGUGUUCGUCCAUUUGCAAAUGCAUGGGCUGCAAGAACUUCGAGGAGAGUCCGGAGAGGAAGACGCUGAUGCACCUGGCAGACGCUGCAGAGGUGCGAGUCCAACAGCAAACCGCAGCCAAAACCAAACUGUCCUCCCAGAUCUCAGACCUGCUCACCAGAACCACACCGGCCGUCACCAGCGGAGGCGGAAAAUUGCCGUACACAUUCGUAACGAAGGAAGUGGCCGAGGCGACGUGUGACUGUCUGCUGGAGCAGGCCGAGCAGGCCGAACUCACCGACCAGCCUCAGGCCGUGGCAGAGCGCCUCAUUCUGGAGGAGUUUGGUCGCUGCCUCAGUAGGAUCAUCAGUUUUGCUGGCAAAGUCAAGACGGACUGUCCCAUCAACUGCUAGAGCUGUGACUCAGAGCUCUCCCGCUCGUUUGGGACUGAGGGUGCUGCUGAAUCUAGACUCGGGCUCCACUGGAGGCACUUUUACCGGCCCUCAUAUGGAUUCAUGGGCCUUCUAAUAAAAAGACCCAAAGCAGAACUUCCCAUUGGCCUGAGGAGGACGCACUAUGUUCAGGAGGAGGACUACAGUACUUCAUAGUAGCCCCUGCAAUGGACUUACACUAUUUGCUUUAACAGAAGGGUUUAUUUUAGAAGGAUCGAUGCUAUUUUAAAGUAGUUUUUGUUUUGUUUGGCAAUGUUUUCCACUUUUAAAUCUGCAUAAUCAUGAUCUGUGUUUGUCUUUUAAAACUGGAUUUUCAUAUCGUCAUUCAUUGUCGUCUGAAAGCCCUUACUAAUAACCUCGGGAGGUCUGGAUGAGGAAGGAACUUCCCUGCACAUGUUAUAUUUAGCCGUCUGAUCAUGACUUGUAUACAGUAAGUAGCCUGUACUGUAGCUUCAUUAUAUUUAAUUGCUCGCAGCAGAAUCGGGUUCAAUCUUCAUGUUCAAGCACGGGCCGGUCUGAGAGUCGCUGCAUGGGACGAGGGCCGCACCAGAUUGAACUGGUUUCCUGUGCUCCAGAAAUCUAAGAUUUGAUUAGAAUCUUUAAUGUUGAAAAAACAAGCAGCUCAAUAAGCUUUGUAAUGAGCUGUUUGGUUUGGGUUUUAUUUGCAGUCAUUGGUUGAUCAGCUUUGUCAGGGCCCAAUUAAAACAAACCUUUCCAUACUCUGAGUCUGAUGAGUCUACACACGUGUAGUCCCUAAAACUCUUUAUGAAACCUGCCAAGAACAUGUCUAGUUCAUAUUGCAUCCCAAAAUCAUUCAUUUAUAUUGCUUAAAGAAAAUGAAGCAUCUUUUAGAACUCGUUAAAUGGAUAGUUGACCCAAAUAUGUACAUUUUGUAGAUUUCCCACCUUCCUGUUGGUCCAAACCUGUCUUUCUUUGGAAUAUAAAAGAAGAAAUUGAGAAAUGGCAUUUUUUUUAAAAAUGUAU